AUGAUUCGGACGGGUCGAAUCAGCUGUCACAGUGAUGCCGUGCUCUGCUUGGCGUCCUGCGCCAACGACACCCUCCUGGUCUCCGGCGGAGAGGAUCAUAGGCUCUGCUUCACCGACGCAGCAGGCUCAGCACCCCAGGGCAGCCUUGAGCUUCCGGGGGACAUCCCGGCAGUAGCCGCACAUCCCAGCCAGCAGCACGUCCUGUAUGCAGCGAGCGAGACCUCCAUAUACUGCCUUGACCUCCGCAAGGCGCUGGGCCCGGAGGCGGUGUGCGGCAGCGUCACGCUGAACUUCGAGGAGGUGAAUGCGCUGUCGCUGAACGCCACCGGCGGCUGGCUGGCGGCCGGCGACGACGCCGGCGAGCGCACGCUGCGGCGGGGCCACGCCAACCUGGUCACCGCCGUGGCCUUCCGGCCCCGCAGCCAGUGGGAGGUGGUGUCCGGCGGCGCAGACUGCCAGCUGGUGCACUGGGAUGCGGGGCGCCUGCGCCAGGUGUCCAGCGCCCGGCUGCAGCCGCUAGAGAAUGGCGGCGGGUCGCCAGGCCAGAUGCUGAACCCGCCCAUGGUCCAUGCGCUCGCUUUCCUGCCGGGCGACCGGGAUCGCGUGGCGGUCGCCCGCGGGGAUGGGCAUGUGGCCCUUCACCGCCUGGCCCCGCCGGUGCUGGUGUCAGGCGGGAACGACGGCCGCCUGCUGGUGCACACCCCCAUCCCACACGUGGUCGGCCAUGGCCGCAAGCUCAACGACCUGCAUGUCGCGGGCGGCAGGCUGUAUGUGGCCGACGUGUCGCCCCACCUCUCUGUGUAUACGCCGUCCUGA